AUGUAUCUUCCACGGCAGCUCAUCUCGCACCUAUACCUACAACUCCUCCGAUCUCACCACCCACUCUCCCCGCCGGUUCUCAUUCUCGUGGCACUCGAACCCGACGCGCUAUGUGCCUGCCGGAUCCUUACAUCUUUGUUAAAACGCGACUAUAUCCCUCAUAAAAUCCAACCCAUCGCCGGAUAUGGCGACCUCGCGCGCGCCGGUGAGGAACUGGUCCGGCCAAUGCAGACCACCAAUGGCGGCAGCGGAGGUGUCGUGAUAUGUCUCGGCGUAGGCGGACUGGUCGAUCUUGGCGAGAUCCUCAACCUGAACAACCCAGAAGACGAGGUCGAGGACAUGGGUGGAAUUGAGAUCUGGGUCUUCGACGCGCGCCGGCCAUGGAAUCUCGCCAACGUCUUUGGUGGACAGGCUGGAAUUGGCCAGGCGAUGGCGGAAAUCGAUGUUAACGCGCGCCGACGCGGGCGCGGGGUGGAAAAAGGGUGUAUUACCCCCGCUUACACGUCGAAACACGGCGGCAUUGUCGUGUUUGAUGACGGUGACAUCGAGGAGGAACUCCGCGACGAACGAGAAGCAUAUUACGAACUCCUGGAAAUGCCUGAGGUGGAUGAUGAUGAGGGUAGUGACGAUGGCUCUAGUGAUGACGAUGACGACAUGGCCUCUGGGUCGAAGAAGCGCAAAUCCUGGUCAGGGCGCGAGGAUGAAGACGAGUCAGAAGAUGAAGACGGGCCUCCACGCCAGCGGAAGCGAAGUAACUCGGGCUCGUCGUUGGUCUCCUCUCCAAGUCAACGAAGGAGGACCGCCAUAAACUCCUCCAACUCAUCCCGUUCACCGACCCCUACGUCAGAUUCACCGUCGCCGGAGGAGGCAAAGCAGCCAUCAGCACGCUCUUUAAAACGGCGGCUUAUUCGACUGAAGCGCAAACACGAGACAGUUCUCCAAAAAUACUAUUCCGCGGGAACAUCAUACUCGGAGCCGAUCUCGUCCUUGGUCUAUUCUCUUGCGUCUGAACUCGGUCGUGAAGACAAUGAUCUUCUGUGGCUUGCGAUUAUUGGCGCAUCAAGCUUGGAACUUAGUGGUCGAACGAUGACUGGUGUCGGCAUUUCGAAUACAUCAGAAUCAGGUGGAUCCGCAGGCUGGGGUGGGCAGCGCGGAGAGCACAUCCGUCAGAUCCUCCGAGAUGAAGUCCACCGAUUGAACCCACCAGACCCGUUGGAGCGGGACCGCGAUAUAAGAGGGGAAAUCAAUGGCGUUAUUCCAACGACUGCCAGGUCACCUACGGAUACAUCUAUUCGUCUGUCGCCCGAACCUCGCUUCCUUUUGGUUCGACACUGGUCACUCUACGACAGUAUGCUACACAGUCCCUACUUGGCAACAAGGCUCCACGUUUGGACGGAGAACGGUCGAAAACGCCUUCACAAGCUUUUGGCAAAGAUGGGUGUCAGCCUCAGCCAGUGCCACCAAAAUUAUACGCACAUGGAUAUGGAGCUGAAGCGGGUUUUGCGCGGGCGGCUUCUCAAGUAUGCACCAAUGUACGGCCUGGACGGUUUGGUGCCUCCGGAGCCAUCUGGCGGGCAUGCCAGUUCCCGUGAGGGAUGGGGCUUCGUGCGUUGCUGGGGUUGGAAGGCUUGUCUGUCUGCUACAGACGUUGGUGUCAUUGUUGGUGCCAUGUUGGAAGUUGGCCCGCAUGAAGCUUCCGGAGCGUGGGAUACCAAACGUCUUCCUCGGCCACGAAGCUCCAACGAUGAUACUGAAGCCAGCAGUGGCCCUGGUGAAUCUGACUUGGCUAGUCUUCUACCUCGCUUUUGGAGCGCAUACGAUGCCCUAUCGCUGACCUCCGAGUCACCUACUCUUCUCAUGGAGGCCCUGCCUUUGGCUCAGCAUCUUCACCGUGCCAUUCUGCGCACCGGUACAUCGCUACUGUCGAAGCACCAAAUCCGCCAUCUCCGAGCUUUCCGCAUUGCAGUCGUCAAAGACGGCCCUGAUGUGAAACUUUUCACUAAUCCCGGAGCCCUGACCAAGUUGGCACUCUGGAUUGCCGAGGCAAUCAAAGUGCAAGAGCGCGAGAAAGGUGACUCUGUCAAGAUCGGCCGGAAGAGAGCAGCUGGUACUCCUCUCGUUCUCGCUGGGCUUGACGAAGACCGAGAUCUUUACGUGGUCGUGGGUACCGGGGGAGGUGGCGGUGUGAUUGACUUUGCUGCCAUGUCCAAGCGCCAGGAAGAACGUCGACAGAAGAAAGACGCCAAGGAAAAGAAGCAAAAGGAGAAAGAGGAGCGGCGAACGCGGCGUGCAGCGGAGCGAGCUGAACAAGAAGACGACGAGGAUGCCGAAGACGAGGAGUCGGAGGACUCCGAAUCAUCCUCGGAAUCGGAGUCUGAAGACGAAGAUCCCCAGGGAAAGAAACAUCUGCUGCGCAAUCGUUUUGGCAUCGCCUUCCAGGAAGUGGUCCAGGAGACCAAUGCCCGCGUCCGUAUUGACAGCUUCGACCACUGCGUUGUUGAAGUUCAAAAAGAUGACCUGGGUGGCUUCCUUGAAGCCUUGAGUUUCCGCAGCGUGGUGGGCUAA